AUGUCCAAAAAAAGGAAAUUGAAAGAUUAUGAGAAAGUUGCACUUAUUGAGGAGUGUAGUGUUAUAAUCCAAAAUAAGCUUCCACUAAAGCUUAAGGAUCCGAAGACUUUUUUUAUCCUUUGUACUAUUGGUAAUGUUGAAUUUUCUAAGGCUUUGUGUGAUUUCGGCGAUAGUGUUUCACUUAUGCCUUUGUUUAUUUUCAAGAAACCUGGACUUGAGGAGAUAAAAACCAUUACAGUUACUUUGCAGUUAGCUGACAGAUCAAUCAAGUACCCCAUUGGGAUUAUAGAGAAUGUUUUGGUUAAAGUUGAGAAAUUCUACAUUUCAAUAGACUUCAUUGUGCUUGAAAUGGACGAAGAUGUUGAGAUUCCUCUUAUUUUGGGACGACUAUUCUUGGCUACAGUAGGAGAAAUUAUAGAUGUGAAGAAUGGUAAGCUAACCUUCAAAGUUAGAGAAGAGAAAGUUGUGUUUAAUGUGUUCAAUACAACUAAGUAUCCUUCCUCUACAGAUAAUUGCUAUGGAGUGGAUUUAGUUGAUAAGUUGACUAAGGAGGUAUUUGAUCGAACGGUGUCAAAACAGAGAAGAAAACCGAAGAUUAUACACAAGUCAGCAAGGUUGGCACCACCAUGGAAGAGUUGGUGCUGUGAUGCCGAGGAGAAGAAUGGUGGCACCAUAUUAAAGGCAGCAAAUGUGGCGUUGUAG